CGGGCACGCGCUCGGAAGUCGGGGGUCGGCGCGGAGUGCAGGCUGCUCCCAGGGUGGUGAGGGAGGCGCGGAGGCGGCGCGCGGGGGCAGUGGUCGGCGGGCAGUGCGGUCCUCGCUAGGGGCGCCCACCAGUCAAUCUCUCCGGCGCGAGCCGCCGCCACCGCCCGCCCCGGAGACAGGCUCCUGGGCCCCCCGGCUCAAGCAGCGGAGCGGCCUCCGGGGGACACCGCUAGGCGAGAGGAACGUGCCUGCGCCCUUGCCUUCGCCCUGGCCCAGCGUGCGGGCUGCGGGAUGAGGGGUAGCCAGCGGGCCGCGCGGACCCUGCGGCCCCGGGGGCGGCUCUGGCCCGUGCUGGCCGUGCUGGCGGCCGCCGCGGCGGGCUGUGCCCGGGCAGCCAUGGACGAGUGCACGGACGAGGGCGGGCGGCCGCAGCGCUGCAUGCCCGAGUUCGUCAACGCCGCCUUCAACGUGACCGUGGUGGCCACCAACACGUGUGGGACUCCGCCCGAGGAGUACUGUGUGCAGACCGGGGUGACCGGGGUCACCAAGUCCUGUCACCUGUGCGACGCCGGGCAGCCCCACCUGCAGCACGGGGCAGCCUUCCUGACCGACUACAACAACCAGGCCGACACCACCUGGUGGCAAAGCCAGACCAUGCUGGCCGGGGUGCAGUACCCCAGCUCCAUCAACCUCACGCUGCACCUGGGGAAAGCUUUUGACAUCACCUAUGUGCGUCUCAAGUUCCACACCAGCCGCCCAGAGAGCUUUGCCAUUUACAAGCGCACGCGGGAAGACGGGCCCUGGAUUCCUUACCAGUACUACAGUGGUUCCUGCGAGAACACCUACUUGAAGGCAAACCGCGGCUUCAUCAGGACAGGAGGGGACGAGCAGCAGGCCUUGUGUACUGAUGAGUUCAGUGACAUUUCUCCCCUCACCGGGGGCAACGUGGCUUUUUCUACCCUGGAAGGAAGGCCCAGUGCCUAUAACUUUGACAAUAGCCCUGUGCUGCAGGAAUGGGUAACUGCCACUGACAUCAGAGUAACUCUUAAUCGCCUGAACACUUUUGGAGAUGAAGUGUUUAACGAUCCCAAAGUUCUCAAAUCCUAUUAUUAUGCGAUCUCUGAUUUUGCUGUGGGUGGCAGAUGUAAAUGUAAUGGACACGCAAGUGAGUGUAUGAAAAAUGAAUUUGAUAAGCUGGUGUGUAAUUGCAAACAUAACACAUAUGGAGUAGACUGUGAAAAGUGUCUUCCUUUCUUCAAUGACCGGCCGUGGAGGAGGGCAACUGCAGAAAGUGCCAGUGAAUGCCUGCCCUGUGACUGCAAUGGUCGAUCCCAGGAAUGCUACUUUGACCCUGAACUAUAUCGUUCUACUGGCCAUGGGGGCCACUGUACCAACUGCCAGGAUAACACAGAUGGCGCCCACUGUGAGAGGUGCCGGGAGAACUUCUUUCGCCUUGGAAACAAUGAAGCCUGCUCUCCGUGCCACUGUAGUCCUGUGGGCUCCCUGAGCACACAGUGUGAUAGCUACGGCAGAUGCAGCUGUAAGCCAGGAGUGAUGGGGGACAAGUGUGACCGUUGCCGGCCUGGAUUCCAUUCUCUUACUGAGGCAGGAUGCAGGUCAUGCUCUUGUGAUACCUCUGGCAGCAUAGAUGAAUGUAAUGUUGAAACAGGAAGAUGCGUAUGCAAAGACAACGUGGAAGGCUUCAAUUGUGAAAGAUGCAAACCUGGAUUUUUUAAUCUGGAAUCAUCUAAUCCUAGGGGUUGUACACCCUGCUUCUGCUUUGGGCAUUCAUCUGUCUGUACAAAUGCUGUUGGCUACAGUGCAUAUUCCAUCUCCUCUACCUUUCAGAUUGAUGAAGAUGGGUGGCGUGUGGAACAGAGAGAUGGCUCUGAAGCAUCUCUUGAGUGGUCCUCUGAGAGGCAAGAUAUUGCCGUGAUCUCAGACAGCUACUUUCCUAGGUACUUCAUUGCUCCAGCAAAGUUCUUGGGCAAGCAGGUGUUGAGUUAUGGUCAGAACCUCUCCUUCUCCUUUCGAGUGGACAGGCGAGAUACUCGUCUCUCUGCAGAAGACGUUGUGCUUGAGGGAGCUGGCUUAAGAGUAUCUGUGCCCUUGAUCGCUCAGGGCAAUUCCUAUCCAAGUGAGACCACUGUGAAGUAUGUCUUCAGGCUCCAUGAAGCAACAGAUUACCCUUGGAGGCCUGCUCUUACCCCUUUUGAAUUUCAGAAGCUCCUAAACAACUUGACCUCUAUCAAGAUCCGUGGGACGUAUAGUGAGAGAAGUGCUGGGUAUUUGGAUGAUGUCACCCUGGCAAGUGCUCGUCCUGGGCCUGGAGUCCCUGCAACUUGGGUGGAGUCCUGUACCUGUCCUGUGGGAUAUGGAGGGCAAUUUUGUGAGAUGUGCCUCUCAGGUUACAGAAGAGAAACUCCGAGUCUUGGACCAUACAGUCCAUGUGUUCUUUGCACCUGCAAUGGACACAGUGAGACCUGUGACCCUGAGACAGGUGUUUGUAACUGCAGAGACAAUACAGCUGGCCCACACUGUGAGAAAUGUAGUGAUGGGUACUAUGGAGAUUCCACUGCAGGCACCUCCUCUGAUUGCCAACCCUGUCCGUGUCCUGGAGGCUCAAGUUGUGCUGUUGUCCCUAAGACAAAGGAGGUGGUGUGUACCAACUGUCCUACUGGCACCACUGGUAAGAGAUGUGAGCUCUGUGAUGAUGGCUACUUUGGAGACCCCCUGGGUAGAAACGGCCCUGUGAGACUUUGCCGCCUAUGCCAGUGCAAUGACAACAUCGAUCCCAACGCAGUUGGAAAUUGCAAUCGCUUGACUGGAGAAUGCCUGAAGUGCAUCUAUAACACUGCUGGCUUCUAUUGCGACCGGUGCAAAGGCGGAUUUUUUGGAAAUCCCCUGGCUCCCAAUCCAGCAGACAAAUGCAAAGCCUGCAAUUGCAUUCCACAUGGAACAGUGAAGCAGCAGAGCAGCUGUAACCCUGUGACGGGGCAGUGUGAAUGUCUGCCUCAUGUGACUGGCCGGGACUGUGGUGCUUGCGACCCUGGAUUCUACAACCUGCAGAGUGGGCAAGGCUGUGAGAGGUGUGACUGCCACCCCUUGGGCUCCACCAAUGGGCAGUGUGACAUCCGCACCGGCCAGUGUGAGUGCCAGCCUGGCAUCACUGGUCAGCACUGUGAGCGCUGUGAGGUCAACCACUUUGGGUUUGGACCUGAAGGCUGCAAACCCUGUGACUGUCAUCCUGAGGGGUCUCUUUCACUCCAGUGCAAAGAUGAUGGUCGCUGCGAAUGCAGAGAAGGCUUUGUAGGAAGUCGCUGUGACCAGUGUGAAGAAAACUAUUUCUACAAUCGAUCUUGGCCUGGCUGCCAGGAAUGUCCGGCUUGUUACCGGCUAGUAAAGGAUAAGGUUGCUGAUCAUCGAGGGAAGCUCCAGGAGUUAGAGAGUCUCAUAGCAAACCUUGGAACUGGGGAUGAGAUGGUGACAGAUCAAGCCUUUGAGGAUAGACUAAAGGAAGCAGAGAGGGAAGUUAUGGACCUCCUUCGUGAGGCCCAGGAUGUCAAAGAUGUUGACCAGAAUUUGCUGGAUCGCCUACAGAGAGUGAAUAACACUCUGUCCAGCCAAAUUAGCCGUUUACAGAAUAUCCGGAAUACCAUUGAAGAGACUGGAAACUUGGCUGAACAAGCACGUGCCCAUGUAGAGAGCACAGAGCAGUUGAUUGAAAUCGCAUCCAGAGAACUUGAGAAAGCAAAAGUCGCUGCUGCCAAUGUGUCAGUCACUCAGCCAGAAUCUACAGGGGACCCAAACAAUAUGACUCUUUUGGCAGAAGAGGCUCGAAAGCUCGCUGAACGUCAUAAACAAGAAGCUGAUGACAUUGUACGAGUGGCGAAGACAGCCAAUGAUACAUCAACUGAGGCAUACAACCUGCUUUUGAGGACAUUGGCAGGAGAAAAUCAAACAGCAUCUGAGAUUGAAGAGCUUAAUAGAAAGUAUGAACAAGCGAAGAACAUCUCACAGGAUCUGGAGAAACAAGCUGCCCAAGUACACGAGGAGGCCAAAAGGGCUGGUGACAAAGCUGUGGAGAUCUAUGCCAGUGUGGCUCAGCUGAGCCCUGUGGACUCUGAAACCCUGGAGAAUGAAGCAAAUAACAUUAAGAUGGAAGCUGAGAAUCUGGAACGUCUGAUUGACCAGAAGUUGAAAGAUUAUGAGGACCUCAGGGAAGACAUGAGAGGAAAGGAACUUGAAGUCAAGAACCUUCUGGAGAAAGGAAAGACUGAACAGCAGACCGUGGACCAACUCCUAGCCCGAGCUGAUGCUGCCAAAGCCCUCGCCGAAGAAGCUGCAAAGAAGGGACGGAAUACCUUACAAGAAGCUAAUGACAUUCUCAACAACCUGAAAGAUUUCGAUAGGCGCGUGAACGAUAACAAGACAGCUGCAGAGGAGGCGCUAAGGAAGAUUCCGACCAUCAACCAGACCAUCAUUGAAGCCAAUGAAAAGACCAGGGAUGCCCAGCAGGCCCUGGGCAACGCUGCAGCAGAUGCCACGGAGGCCAAGAACAAGGCCCACGAGGCAGAGAGGAUCGCGAGCGCUAUCCAAAAGAAUGCCACCAGCACCAAAGCAGAAGCUGAAAGAACUUUUGCAGAAGUUACAGAUCUGGAUAAUGAAGUGACCAAUAUGCUGAAGCAACUACAGGAGGCAGAAAAAGAGCUAAAGAGAAAACAAGAUGACGCUGACCAGGACAUGAUGAUGGCAGGGAUGGCCUCGCAGGCUGCUCAAGAAGCUGAGAUCAACGCCAGAAAAGCCAAAAACUCUGUUACUAGCCUCCUCAACAUGAUUAAUGACCUCUUGGAGCAGCUGGGGCAGCUGGACACAGUAGACCUGAAUAAGCUAAAUGAGAUUGAAGGCACCCUGAACAAAGCCAAAGAUGAAAUGAAGGUCAGUGAUCUUGAUAGGAAAGUGUCUGACCUGGAGAAUGAAGCCAAGAAGCAGGAAGCUGCCAUCAUGGACUAUAACCGCGAUAUUGAGGAGAUUAUGAAGGACAUUCGCAAUCUGGAAGACAUCAGGAAGACCUUACCAUCUGGCUGCUUCAACACCCCAUCCAUUGAAAAGCCCUAGCGUCUCUAGGGCUGGAAGGCAGCAUCCCUCUGACGGGGGCAGUUGUGAGGCCACAGAGUGCCUUGACACAAAGAUUACAUUUUUCAGACCCCUACUCCUCUGCUGCCCUCCACCACUGUCCUUUUGAACCAGGAAAAGUCACAAAGUUGAAAGAGAAGCAAAUUAAACAUCCUGAAUCGGGAACAAAGGGUUUUAUCUAAUAAAGUCUCUCUUCUACUCACGUUGCUACCUUACCCACACUUUCCCUUCUGAUUUGCAUGAGGACGUGGCAUCCUACGUUACUGUACGGUGGCAUAAGCACAUCAUGUGAGUCCAUGUAUGCCAGGGCAGAGCAAGUAGCCCUCCCCUGUCUCAUCGAUACCAGGAGAACCUCCUGUCUCAGUACUCUUGUUUCUAUGAAGGAAAAGUUUGGCUACUAAUAGUAGCAUUGUGAUGGCCAGUAUAUCCACUCUAUGGAUAAAGAAAAUGCAUCUGCAUCUCCUGCCCCUCUUCUUCUAAGCAAAAGGAAAUAAACAUCCUGUGCCAAAGGUAUUGGUCAUUUAGAAUGUCAGUAGCCAUCCAUCAGUGCUUUUAGCUAUUUUGAGUAUAAGACACUGAGCCAUCCACAGGUCAGGAUGCAAUUAUUUAUAAAAGUCUCCAAGUGAAAAUGGCUGAAGAAGAUUUUUCUAGUAUAUUACUAAUUGACUAGGAAGAUAAACUUUUUUCAGAUCUUUUGGGCAGCUGAUAAUUUAAAUCUGGAUGGGCAGCUUGCACUCACCAAUAGACCAAUAGACAUCUUUUGAUAAAUGGAACUUAGAAGAAAUGGGGAUAUGAUAACCACUAAAGUUUUAUUUUCAAAAUCAAACUAAUUACAGCUUUUUUAUGAGGUUAGUCUUGGAAUUAGUGUUAAGUAUUUGGCAGAGAACAGUUAAUCCCUAAGGUCUUGACA